AGCAUUCAGAUCAUUGUGUGGCAGAGCAGAUCAAAUUUUUACAAAAGAUGGCUACUCAGACUUUCCCUCAUUGGUCUUCUCCUUUGUCCUCUAAACCCUAAAUCCCCAAUUUCAUCAUGAUGGACAUGUUUUCCUUCCUUGGCUCUGCACGUGAUAAGAUUGUCGAGACAUAUCAAGAUUUGGGGUACUUCGAACGCGAUGAAAUCAGUAAUAUCAAAGCAAAAUACAUCCCGGGCCUUGAAAUACAGUUGGCAUCAGAGUAUUCGAAGGAGUUUGCCUACAACUCUAUCAAAUCUACUCGUUUCGAUGAAAGGAUUGGGAUUUUAUAUAGGCUAACCUAUGGUGAGAUAGGAGCUAGUUUGAUCUGCAAACCCUAUCCUAUUGCUCAGAUUAGUGGUCGUUUGAGACUCUAUGGUCGCCUCUCUGGUUUGGAACUUAAUUCCACGAGUAUUGUUGACAUUUACGGACAUAAGCUCGAUCAGUGGAAUGUCGGGUGCACUAUGAUUGCAGGGAACAUGUCAGCACAGCUGAAACGAGAGGCAGAUAAAAUCGUCGUGUCAACCCGCCAUCGCAUUCACCCCAGAUUUGUGUCUCUCACUGAGUUCACUUCACCGUUUUUGAUGUCCUUGCCUCACAGGACAACUUUGGCAAUGGGAUUCGAGUUCGACCUUAACCCUAGGGCAACUCUUGAAGUGAUGGUCUUUCAUCAUCAACCUACGACUUUUGCACUCCAGUAUCAAUGGGAUCAGUGUCUCGUUAGAUUUUACAGUGACGUCUACUCCCAAAAAACUGGUGUAUCUUUUUCAUUUCGUCCUUCUUCAUUCUUCUAGUUGAUAAGAGUUUCUUCUCUGUAAUAGUUGAUAACAAACAACUAGAGAGUCUCAUACUACAAGUUGGUGAUCAAAAUUCACCAAAAGGUAUAUGGGAAACAAUCAC